CCUUCCCACGCCUCGUUUCUGCGCACUUGCCUCACUCGUAAAGCUUUGUUGUGCUACGCGCUUGUUUUACCGGCGCCCCGCAGAUUCACUCGAGUAAUUUCACCUCCUGCCAGUCGUACGCCUACCGCGCCGCCCACGCCGCCCACGCCUAUCGUCCUUCGUUCCGCUUUGUCUCCAGCCCUUCGCUAGGGCGUCUCACCGCAACGCGCAAUAACCGGUCCCGCGCUGCCAAUCAAACAACCCUCCAUGAUGAACUCCCAGAAGCGCCAAAAGCAGCGCAAGGUGCUGCUGAUGGGCAAGAGCGGGGCGGGCAAGUCGUCGAUGCGCAGCAUUGUCUUCAGCAAUUAUGUGGCUAAAGAUGUCCGCCGAUUGGGCGCCACCAUCGAUGUCGAGCACAGCAACAUCAAGUUCAUGGGGAAUCUGAUGCUGAAUCUGUGGGAUUGCGGAGGUCAGGAUGGCUUCGUUGAGAACUACCUCACCCAGUCGCGCAGCCAUGUCUUUGGUUCUGUGGCUGUCCUCAUCUUCGUCUUUGAUAUCGAGUCUCGCGAAUUUCAGGCAGAUGUCGUUUCUUACUCAAACAUCAUCCGCGCUCUCCACGAGUGCAGUCCGACUGCAAAGGUCUUCUGUCUCAUUCACAAGAUGGAUUUAGUGCAGGCGCGCCUCCGAGAAGCGAUGUAUCACGAGCGCUCGAACUACAUCCGAGAUGCCAGCGAAGGCUUCAGCGACACGGUUGAGUUCUUCCCUACCAGUAUUUGGGACCAGAGCUUGUACAAGGCCUGGACCAAGAUCAUUUACUUCCUUAUUCCAAACGCGGGCACUAUCGAAGCACUGUUGUCACAGCUAGCGGACAUUAUUGACGCCCGAGAGCUGGUGUUGUACGAGCGCACGACUUGCCUCACAGUCGCGCACAUCACACGAGGAGAUGGCGAAGACAACCCUUUCCACGAUCGCUUCGAACGCAUAUCCAGCAUUCUCAAGACGCACAAGCAGAGCAUGGCCAAGCACACGAACAUCCCAGCUGGAAGCGCCAACUUCGCCGAGAUGCAAAUCAAGACUGGCAGAUUCAUGUUCUUUAUCACUCGACUCACUGAGAACACCAACCUCGCUGUCACCAUUCCACCCUCUGAGCAGGUCUUCAACGCUGCGCGUGUAAACAUUUUCCAGGUCCGCCCCCGGUUUGCGGAGCUUGAUAUUGCAUCAAAACCACGCCCUCCCAUACAGCAGGCUUUCGCCGGCUCAGCGGACACAGUUGAGAGCAGUAAAGGCAAAGAGAAGGUCACAGGCUAGCGUUCUGAGCCCACGGCCGCAUAUGAAGAUGCCGCGCGUUCUGCCCACCCAGCGUCCUCUCCACAAGGAUCAGAAUUGGUGGUAGAUUCCGUCCCAGCACUUGAGGAC